AUGUCGCUGCUACAGUCCCGCUCCCAGCUACACCAGGCCAUGCCAUGUCACUGCUACAGUCCCGCUCCCAGCUACACCAGCCCAUGCCAUGCUGCAGCUACAGUUCCACUCCCAGCUACACCAGGCCAUGCCAUGCUGCAGCUACAGUUCUGCUCCCAGCUACACCAGGCCAUGCCAUGUCGCUGCUACAGUCCCGCUCCCAGCUACACCAGCCCAUGCCAUGCUGCAGCUACAGUUCCGCUCCCAUAUACACCAGGCCAUGCCAUGUCGCUGCUACAGUUCCGCUCCCAGCUACACCAGGCCAUGCCAUGCUGCUGCUACAGUCCCGCUCCCAGCUACACCAGGCCAUGCCGUGUCGCUCCUACAGUCCCGCUCCCAGCUACACCAGGCCAUGCCGUGCCGCAGCUACAGUCCCGCUCCCAGCUACACCAGGCCAUGCCAUGUCGCUGCUACAGUCCCGCUCCCAGCUACACCAGGCCAUGCCAUGCCGCAGCUACAGUCCCGCUCCCAGCUACACCAGGCCAUGCCGUGUCGCUGCUACAGUCCCACUCCGAGCUACACCAGCCCAUGCCAUGCCGCAGCUACAGUCCCGCUCCCAGCUACACCAGGCCAUGCCAUGUCGCUGCUGCAGUCCCGCUCCGAGCUACACCAGGCCAUGCCAUGCCGCUGCUACAGUCCCGCUCCCAGCUACACCAGGCCAUGCCGUGCCACUGCUACAGUCCCACUCCGAGCUACACCAGCCCAUGCCUUGUCGCUGCUACAGUCCCGCUCCCAGCUACACCAGGCCAUGCCAUGUCGCUGCUGCAGUCCCGCUCCGAGCUACACCAGGCCAUGCCAUGUCGCUCCUACAGUCCCGCUCCGUGCAGAAGCCAGUGUCUCACUCUGGCUUUCCCAGGCUGCCUGACUCCGUAG